GGUCCCCUGGGUCAGUCUGCCUUGCGUGAUGCCAACCACUGUCCCAGCGCAUCGAAUCUCUUCAGGCUUGUUCGUGUGGUGAUUCUGAACGCCGCCCGUAUUCUGGUCGUUGAGGUAGUGUGACGCAACCGCGAUAAGGACCAUCUGUCGAAACUCACACACACAAUGGGUUCUGACGAGACGCACACGGCCUUCUUCUACGCUACUUUAAUGGCACCCGAGGUGUUCUUCACUGUGUGCUACCGCUCUGCCACCCAAGAUGUCGCCGUUCUGAAGAGCCUUCAUGACUUCCACCCGGCGAUACUGCCCGGCUACAGCAGACGGAGAGUCAAAUAUGCCGACUACCCUGGCAUUACAGCAGAUGCGGAUCACGAGGUACGCGGCAUGUACGUGACCGGCCUGACGGCGGCCAACAUGUACAAGCUCGAUCAGUUUGAGGGAGACGAAUACGUCCGUGAGACCGUGAAAGUCCGCCUCCUGCCUAAGCCCGGUGGCAGUAAGGGCCAGGAGGGCGAGUCAAACGGCAAGGCGGAGGAUGAGGUGGUGGAGACCGAGGUAUAUGUCUACAAGGACCCUGCGCAUCUCGAGGACCGGGAGUGGGAUUUUGAAGAGUUCCGCACGCAGCGGAUGAAGCUGUGGACGCGCGAGGACUACGGCUUUGAGGAUACCGACCACUUUGCUCCCAAGGAGGUUGAGGACGAGGCUGUGGCCGCGGCUGUUUGACCUGCUGCUACCCACAUCAAGUGCACAGACUAAGCUUCUCGUCGGUGGUACUUCAGCUGUAGAGGUUGUCAUUAGAUGUUUUGUUACUGCUUAGAAUACGAUAGAAACUCGAGACUCACCACCGACCGUUAGCUGUAUAAGUUGUACAAACGCAUGCGGGUUCCCAGUCUUAACACAGGGCAUCACUGCCAUCUAGUCAGUCGACCUCGAAUGAUAUCGAAGCUAUCGAGGUGUCGACAGAACAGCCUCAUACCUGCAUGUAUAAAUAGC